CAAGUAGAGCACAUUUAUAGUCAGUCGCGCGAACAUGACACAUUGAAUUUUUCUCUCCACGCAUAAUUUUGUGAACAAAGGGAAGGAUGAGUCGUGUUAUCGAUGAGAGCAAGAGCGAGGAGAUAAUUUUGCCUUCGAUACGAACACCUGGACCGAUUAAAAUCUGGAAGACGGUAGAUGGAUUUAAGACCAUUGGCGGUGAAUCGAAACCCGUGAAGAUCGUUUUACAAGAAAUACCAGAGGAUAGAUACCAAGAUAUUCUUGAUCAUAUGGCCGCCUAUUUCGUUAUAGACGAGCCUUGUUGUGUCAGUCUCAAUUUAAAAGAUGAUCCAAUGGCCGUGAAAGAUCUCAUAAAUAUAUGGAAAAUUAUUUUAAAGCAAGGCUUGUCGGUUGGUGCUUUCGUCGAUGAUCCAAAAGGAGGUAAACCCGAAAUAGCGGGGGCAAAUAUAAUAGGCUUUGAAAUUAAAGACGACGAUAGAAGCCUCGAUAACUAUAAGAUGCAAUCAUCCACAGCUAAGAGAUUAGUCGAACCUGUAUUAAAAUUGUGCAAAGAAGCAAAAAUUUACGAGCAUUUCAACACGGACAGAUACAUGUUUGCUUUUGGUCUAAGCGUUGAACCUUCUUAUCGCGGGCAUAAUCUUGGUGCGCACAUUUUACAUGUAAGGGAAAAUAUUGGUCGCGAGUAUAAGAUUUCUGUGACGGCGACGCCAUUUAGUUCCGCGAUUUCUCAAAAAUCAGCUGCUCGUUGCGGAUUCGAAGUUCUUUUAAGUAGAGAUUACGAUCAGAUAUUAGACGAGGAAGGAAAGGAAAUAUUUCCUAACAUUAAAUUUAAGACAUUCAAAGUGAUGGGAAAAAGAUUGAAUUGAAGCAUCGUCAUCUUUUUUCUUUCACUCGUUUGGCAGUGGUAUAUGUAAACGUUUAGACGUCAAGAAAAAUCGUUAGCAAUUCGAUCAUUAAGCGUAUGAAAUGAAAUCAAGGGAAAAAGAAAAAUAGAAGUAAUUAAAAUUGAUUAGCGUAACGCUGCGCGACGUGUUGCGAAAUUAAAUACCUAUCUUCGUGUUUUGCAUCUGAAAUUUUAAUUAUUUAUAACAGCCCUUGUGCCAGACCGUUAUUUAUUGCCUCGCAGAACCCGAAAUACGGGUGAACGUGUUUCCGUUCGAACGAUCAGCUUUUGCAUCCGAAUGCACUUCGCUAAAUUAUUACACGUUCGAGUAUUAACGAAAAAAUACGCAAAAUUUUUUGAGUAAUCCGAUAAAGAGUAUUUGGUAGUUUCCAGCAAUUUUAUUUCCAAGUCUAAUCUUUUUAACGAUUAGAAUACAUUUGCGAUACACACACACACACACACACACAUAUAUAUAUGAGAAUAAUAUAGCAUGGAUAUAAAUUGUUAUGCUAUUUCGUAUGAAUUAUUAAUCGAAUUAAGGACGUUUCGCAAGAAAAACUUGCGUAACAAUAAUGUUUCUUGUAAGAGAGCAUUGUAAGAAAGAAUAAAAACUUGUUGCAAAGUC